AUGUGUGGACGUUUUGCAUUAGAAUACUCUACGGAGGAAUUAUUUGAGCAGUUAAAUACCAUGCACAUACCGACUCAAGAAAGAGAUUCUGAAAAUGUAUCUAAUGAUACUACGAAUAUUUCUACCGAAAAUAAUUCUACAUCACCUCAGAUAACUAAUAAAUCAAAUAUGCAGUCGUUUGCAAAUGGCUAUACCUUUCAGCCUUCAUAUAAUGUAUCCCCAACAAAUAUGUCUGCAGUGUAUCACCAUAAAACUGUGAAGUAUAUGAAAUGGGGUUUAAUCCCUUAUUGGUCUAAAGAUCCAAGCAACUUCAAAUCUUAUAGCACAUUCAAUGCUAGGGUGGAAAGUCUUCUAGAAAGUAAGAUGUGGAGCCAAUGUUGUAAAAAAAAAAGAUGUGUGAUUCCAAUCAGUGGCUAUUAUGAAUGGAAGACAGCCAAUAAGACUAAAACACCAUUCUACAUUACAAAUACAGGCAAAAAUUUAUUAUUUCUUGCUGGAAUGUAUGAUUAUAUUGAGGAUUUACAUCUAUAUACAUUUACUAUCGUUACCUCCAAGGCUCCCAAGGAGUUAGCAUGGCUUCAUGAACGAAUGCCAGUCAUUCUAGAACCAAAUACUGAGGAGUGGAAUACUUGGUUGGACAAAAAGAAAAUUACGUGGAGUAAGGGUGAAUUAACUGAAUGUCUAACAGCUAGGUUUAAUGAAAAUCUGUUAGAAUGUUAUCAAGUUUCUAAAGAUGUGGGAAAAACUACUAAUAAUGGAUCCUAUUUGAUAAAGCCAAUUCUGAAACAAGACAUAUCAAAAUUUAUAUUAAAACAAGAGAAAAAAGUUGGAAAAGGUUAUAAUGGUAUUAAGAAAGAAAUGAAACAGGAAGAUAAUAAUGAUAUACCAUAUGGAUAUAAGGCCAACAAUCCAAAUAUUGAGGCGUCAUGUCAGGUUCCGACGAAACAAAAUAUUAAAAAAGAAGUAUCCAAUGGGGAAUUUGAACCUAAAUAUGAUAAGAAAACAAAGAAGAGAUCUAUUUUAGAUAUGUUGGCAGCUCAGCCAAGAAAAGUAGCUAAAAAAGGAAAUUAG